AUGUUGAGCCUAUCGGGAAAUGCGACGGCUCAAUUACCUUUAACAACUGUAUCUAUAUUACCAUCACAACUUCAAGUUGCAUCACCAUGUGGUCUUAGUUAUAUUUCACCAUAUGUUCAAAGUUCUCAACGAUUUGACGCUCUUCAGAGCCCGUCACACUAUGUUCAACAAUUUGUUGAUAACAUCGCAUCAAAUGUCAUCUUAACCCCAAAUCUUGAUCAUUUGAACCGUCAGAGUGAACAGCCAUCAUCAUCAACUAUUGUUAGCAAUUCAUCAAAAUUAAUCAAUAAUAUAAACACCAAUAAUAAACGUAAAAAAAAAGAAACAUCUUUACCUGUUGAUCGAGUAGACCUCAGUAGUAUUAAUACUAAAUUGAAAGAAACAUGUACAAAACAACGUAAUCAAAAACUGCCAUCGAAAUAUAUAGGAUUUAACAUACUUAAUUUAGAUGACGACGAUAAUGAUUUGACAAAUAAUAAUGAUAGCGCUGAUGACAACGAAAAAUCAGAUUCAUGGUGGUGCUAG